AUGGAGUUUCAACCUAUUUGGAUGACUGCAGACAUUCCUUGGCAGCCUUAUGAUCCUGACUCUCGGCUCCAAGAAGAAGCUCUGCAACAACAGAUCAAUGCUGACUAUCAAGCACCGUAUCACCAACUCGCAUCUUUCACUCGACUUGAUUCAACGCUCCCAACUGCUGCUUGCCUUGACCGUUUACCGCAAGUUUUAGGGGACAGCAACAAUGUCAUAUGUGGCGGACACAGUUUGACAAUUCGAUCAAUGAAAACUUCCGGAAAAUCCUACCUCAUCAAGCCGGAUCAACUUGCUCGUCGAUGGAGAACCAGUAUUGAAUGUGCUCGUCGCACCCUGGAGAAGACAACCCAACGUGCCGUUCAUGAUUGGUCGGUUGUUCAAGGGUCUUGCCGUUUCCGCCCUGUACAAUAUCAGUUGGAGUAUCCGAGAUUGAAAACAAAUGUCUAUGUUGAUGUUAAGUUUGGACCCUGUAAGUCAGCUGAAGGAAACACUUGCGUCGCGGUCUAUGCUACACCAGUACAGUGGGCUCGUGCUUAUCCGUUGAACAAAGAAUCAGAUGUUCACACAAGCCUCACACAACUAUUCCAUCAGUUCAGUUUUCCCCAAUGUCUCAUACCUGAUGAUGCCAAAUCACUGACUCAAGGGAAAUUCCGAGAAGUCGCUAACAAAGGACAAGUGCCGAUUCAUCCUAUCAAGCCUCAUCAUCCUAAUCAAGCACUGACAGAAGACACAAUUUGGGAAGGAAGUCGACUUUACCGUCGAUUUAUGCAUGCAAGGAAUAUCCCUAUUGCGUUCUGGGAUCGAGUUUUCAUGUAUGCUUUUGAGAUUCGCAGUCACAUGGCACUGGGACUUGCAAUACAAGAAGGAGAAUGUGGAGCCACAAUCGUUUCUGGCAACACUAAAGAUAUCUCUCACCUGGUUGAUUUUGCUAUUUGGGAUUGGUGUUGGUGCCUUUUACCUAAUCGCUCAUCUAAGGAUGGGAAACAACUAUGUCGUUGGCUUGGUCCAAGUUUUACUAUUGGAGCAGCUCUUUGUUUUGCUGUUGCUAUUGCAAAUGGACAAGUGCUACAACGAUUGUCAGUGAUUUCUUUAUCAGCCGAAGAACGAAACAGUGAACCAAUGGAAAAGAAGAAGAAAGAAUUUAUGGAAGAUCUGAAGAAGAAUCUGAAGAAGAAGUCUGAUGGAGUUUCUAUCUCUGAAGAAGAACUUGAUCGCAUUCCGCAUAAAUACAGCAUGCCGAUCUCUGCAAUCGAAGAUGGUGGUUACCCGCAGUAUGCACAAUAUGAAGAUCACGCACAAGAAGAUCCUCGCCACAAGAUUGAAGAUGAUUUUGAAGAGCCGCCAGAUCAAGAAUCAGAUCCUGUUGAGUUCGACAAAUAUGUCUCUGCAAAAGUAUCGUUUAAUGCAGAAGGAGUUGAGACUUUCGGAGUUGUUCAAGGUCGGAAGCGUGACUCAUCUGGAAAAUUGAUUGGUCACUACCAUGAGAAUCCACACCUUGACACAUCUAUCUAUCAAGUGGAGUUCGAGGAUGGAAAAGUGGAAAGCUUCUAUGCAAAUCAGAUUAUUGAAGGGAUAAUGAUGAAUGUCGAUGAUGAAGGUAAUACAAUGUACCGGAUUCGCGAAUUUAUUGAUCAUCAACGUGAUGGACGAGCAGUUAGAGGGGACGAUGGAUGGUAUACUACCUCCAACGGUCUCAAGCGUCCACAAAAGACAACUAAAGGAUGGAAAUUAUUAGCUGAAAUGAAAGGUGGAGAAACCGAAUGGCUUGAUCUAUCAGUAGCAAAAGAAGCGUUUCCUAUCAAGAUCGCUGAAUAUGCUGUUGCAAACAAGCUUGUGUCAGAGCCUGCCUUUGCGUGGUGGGUUCCCUACACUUUGAGAAAGCUUGAUCGAGUUUUGAAAGCUGUUAAGCGCCGUGCUGUGAAAAGACAGAAGCCAGAAAAGUUUGGUAUUGAAGUGCCUGGUCCUGGUCCGAAAGGCGUUGCACGUGCGUAUGAACUUGAUGCUCAGAAUGGUACC